AUGAAGACAAAGUAUACGUCAUCCAGCAAGGUCCGUUCCAACCAAAACUUGGUAGAUAUCCACGAAACCCUGAUAUUCAUCCGUCUAAGCAGUGCCAUUUUUCAUCUGCGUGGUUCAAUACAUAUCCACAUGUCGAAUAUUUGGUGAAAAAAGAUGCAGCGUUUUGUUUUGUUUUGUUUGCCAGCUGUUUCCAUCUGGUAUUGGCACAAAACAUGACCAAGGCUGUAAAGCAUGGGCAGAGGACGGCGUUAAAGCUUGGCACAAAAUGAAAAGUCGCGGAAAGAACAAGCCAGGAAAAUUAGCUGAACAUUUCUCAAGCUCAAGUCAUCGUGCGGCUCUCGCAGCAUUAGUGGCCUUUCAGAAAAAAUCCGCCAACAUUGACCUCUUGCUGGAUAAAGGUCGCAGAAGUAAUUUAAUCGAAGAAGAAGCUGAGAUCCAGCGCAAUCGUGAAUCGAUUAAAAUUCUUUUGGACGUUGCAAGGACUCUCGCACGGCAAGGGAUAGCGUUUCGUGGUUCUUCAUCGGAGAAAGAUGGAACCGGAAAUUUUCGUCAAAUUGUCAACCUUCUAGCAAGACAUUUUCCCAUCCUGCGCAGAUGGUUGGCUGACGCCCCAAAGCGACCGCACAGAGUUGACUACCUUAGUUCGAGAUCUCAAAAUGAAUAUGUUGAGCUCUUGGCGAAAGAUGUUUCGAGCAGAGUCAUCACCGAAAUAUGUCAAGCUGAGAUGUUUGCCGUCAUCGCUGACACAACACCCGAUGUUUCCCAUGUGGAUCAACUUUCUGUGGUUGCAAGAUAUGUAGAUCAAGAGGGACAUGUACGAGAGCGUCUUGUGGACAUGCGAGAGAUAGAAGAUAAGAAGGGGGAAGGUCAUGCUCAAGGAAUCCUGGCUGCUCUAAACGAAAACAGCAUAAGUGCCGCCAACAUUGUCUUCCAGUCCUACGAUUACAUUCGUCCAUGUCUGGUAUUUUCAAGGGCUGUCAAGCGAAAAUGAAGGAGCAUCUUGGAAGAGAAGUCCCUUACUUUCCCUGUCUUGCACACCGUGUCAAUACAACAGUGGAGCAUAGCUGUGAGGCAAGUACCGCUGCGUGUCACAUGUUUGAAAUUCUGCAGGAGGUGUUUUUCUUUUUUACGUCAAGUCCUAAACGGUAUAGCGUGUUUCCCGAGAAAGUUAGUGAAGGAGAUGUUGAAAAUGCGUUAGAUUUGACAAAUCUUUCUGCGACACGUUGGGUGGCCCGUGCAGAUUCCAUUCGAGCUGUUUGGUCGAGCUAUGAAGUCGAUGCGCUAAAAGAAUUGGAAAAUGUUCAAGACACAAAGACCAAAACGAACGCGAAGAAUUUGUUGGCAAGAGUACGUUCGUUCGAGUUUCUUGUUAUGGUUAUGUUCAUGAGGAAUGUCAUGGUGAAAACCAAGAUAUUGACGAAACAACUUCAGACAGUUGACAUUAACGUCGUCGAUACCCUUGAGUCUGCCGAAGGAACCAUUGCUACAUUGCGCCACUUACGCAACGAUGAAGAAAAUCUCAACAAGCAGAUAGAUGCAGCCAUUAUAUUUUCGCAUCGUAUUGGAAUCGACGCUAUUGAAGAAUAUCAGCGACAUCAUCGUCCAAGACGCCAACCAGGACGAAUUGACGAGCAACCUGAGACUGAAGCACGCUUGGAUCUGAACGAAUAUUAUCGGAAAGUGUUUAUUCAAAUCCUUGACUACCAAAUCACUGCUCUCUCAAAUAACGUUAAAGUUGCCUUCGACAUUAUUUCCUCGUGUAUUUCCCUACUUCUUCCACCGUACAAAGAAGAUCCUAAACGAGAAGAUAUCGAGUCCCUAACAGAGUUGCUUCCUCUGUCAUUACAGCCUGACACCGAGGUCUUGAAUGUUGAACUUACAAUGAUUAGACAACAUUGUGAUGAUAACAUGCCAGAUAUUAAAACAGUCGAAGACGCUGCGCGUUGUGCUAGAGAAAAGCAGACGAUUUUUCCCUUGACAAGCAGAUGCUUUCAACUUCUCCUGACAGCGCCGAUUACAUCCGCAUCGAGUGAACGCAGCUUUUCAAAACUUAAAUUGAUUAAGACUGCCAUUCGUUCAGUGAUGAAAGAAUCUAAUCACUCUUGGAUGUGAAAAGGAUCUCACAGAUACGAUUGACCUAGACACUGUUGUUGAUCAUUGGGCCGAGCUGCCAAAAACUCAACGCCUUUUUCGUGUGAAGUAAUUCCGAUCGUCAUUCUUCCGAUUAAAAUCUAGAUCUAUUGUCAAUUGCUAUAACUUUCUAAGCAAUUUGAGUUGUUUAGAAAGGCUAAUAUAUUAUAAAUUCAAAUUAUAACAGGUUAAUUUCUAACGGUCUACUUUUUGACACCGUCCCUGUAUAUAUUUUUUACAUAGUUGCUUGGCUUCUAACUAUAUUAAAUUUUAUAUUAAUUGUAUUUGUAUUUAUAACAACAAGACUGUGAUAUUAAACCGAACGCCUUGCCUUAACCGAUUCACUCGUACCGGCCAUGCCUUAAGAUAGACUAAAUAGUUGACUUUUCUUACAAACACAAAUACUACAAAAGUCGGUCCCAGAACUUAGGACACCCCCCCAAUUUUUUUUUGAAUGUGCGCCCCUGGCAAUAUAUCCUGUGUCACUUUGGCCAUGAACUUGAGCGACCGGCCGCGGUAUUGAUGUAGAUUAUUACUACGGUGAACCCGUGGUUGAAAUAUACAGCGGCUGUAUUCUUUAAAGUAUGCGUAAACGACAGAAGUACGCACGGAUCCUGAAAGCCUGGAAUCCAGUGAUCAAUAUGGUACCAAAAUGUUAAAAUUUGGCGUAAUAUUUCCCGUGUCAUUUCGGCGAUUUGUGUUAGCAAUGUUUUGGUCGACAGGGCUAAUAUCUAGUUGUUUAUGGCUCGGAUUACUCUUCUGGCGUUUACCGAUGCAGUAAGCGACGAUGGAUUUGGCGAAGAAGGCUCGUGGGGAAGCAAUUCGAAUAAAGAAGACCUUCCUAAUUAAUUUUAACAUUACUAUGAAUAAGUAAUAAGUAUGUAUUAUAUCUUUAUAUGACAUUAUAUAGCAUGUAUAUUCCCGAAAAAUCGUCGCGCGACGCAGCUGUAAGCGACGUUUAUAAUGAUUCACAAUAUCUCGUCAAUUAAUACAUUUAAUAGAGCAGUAUAUAAGUCAACAGGCAGAUAAGUAAUGUAUUUUGUGCAGUGUAAUAUGUUUGUAGUGUGAUACGCGUGAACAUGAAUAACGCAUUGCGCUUUUGGUGUGCGGGUUACACUUUCAUGAAAAACAACAUAAAGAUAAUGUAUGUAUGCCUGAAUGCCGAGUAUUUCACACAAUUUCGCCAAACUUUUACGAGCGUUUUAUAUAACUCUAUAUCGGCUUUAAACCUUCAUCUGUAGUCCUAUAAACUUCUCACUAGCCGCCAUCAUCGUAAUUACAGUACUUCAAUUACGCACGCUCGGGCGUCAAAGAGGCAAAUAUCCGCCUUGAUAGUAAUAUUUUUUGGCAUGGCAGGCUAGGAGAAAUCACAAAAUUAUUAACUGAAAUGCUGAUAGGCUGAAGUUUACAAAAUUGCUAACGAGUGCCAAUGACCAAGAAUUCAGUUUAUCCUGAAUCAUCCAGCGUCUUAUCUUUUCAUAAAACUAAGUUAUAAAACUAAGUUAUAAAAAUUGUUAUAAAAAUUGUGUUUAUUCAGACGGUUUUCGGUUUUUAUUCCGGCUGAACCGUACAGUGCAUUUUACUGUAGUAAGUCUACUCAGCACAGAUAAUUGCAGGAAUAUAAUUAUGCAAGUGACUUACGCCUGUAUUCUAAAAGCUCAUUCACACUCAUACUCAAAGAGUGGAGGUUCAAUAUGAACUUCCCUUGAGUGUCAGUGCUGUUCUUGAAUAGCUGGAAAGUAGUCACAUAAUAAGGUGCAGUACUUCCUGGAAGUAAGUUAAUUAACACUGCGGUUCGGUCGCGGUUCGUGCUAUUUGCGGUUGUGGUUCGUGCGGUCGCGGUUCGUGCGGUCGCGGUUCGUGCGGUCGCGGUUCGUGCAAUUUGCGGUUGCGGUUCGUGCAAUUGUCGAAUUAGUUAUAAGAUUUACAUUUCAAUAUUACGACUAUGUUUGUAUGUUUUUAUUAUAUACUAUGUAAAACAUACCGUAUAACACCACCCGUGACAUAUAUGAACUUCAUUCUAGAUUACAGUAAUAUACAAAGUUAUUUAUCAUCAUUAUCAUAAACAGAAUUACUGUAAGGUUAAUAGUACUAAAUUCGACCGGCAAAUGUUUUACUAUCAAAUAAUGUUUUACUAUCAAAUAAUGUUUACUGUAAUCCAGCUUUAAUACACUGCUAAAUUUCCCAGUGAAUUUAUUAAGCUACCAAACUAUCAGCACUAUCAUAAACGGGUUUAGCAAAUUGACAUGAAUUUUGCCCACUUAUAUGUUUAAUAUUGAGUGACAAAUAUUCAGUGAUCUUUGUGUGAUAAUUGAUAUUGAAUGAUAAUUUCGCCCGCGCAAGCUUUAUUGUAAGUUUAAGCCACAGACCAUGUACGGUAAUUUGAAUCUGCAUGGAUAAAGAUUGCUAUAUGUGUUUGAUACCCGUAUUCCAUCCGCACAAUUACUCCAAGAAAUUGAACUUUGGCUCAACUACUGAGAAAUUAGGCAUUUUAUCAAUAGGUUAUAACGGCUUGGAAAAUCGACCGAUUACUAACCCUCUAGCUUUUCCGCAAAAAGUCCAAUGACACUCCAGGGAAGCUCACAUUAAAUCUACACAAGUGUGAGUGUAAGUGAGCUUCUAGAAAACAGGCGUCAGACUGUCUAAAAAGAGAAAAUAUAACAUACUGUGACUCAUUCACGAUGCCUGCGGAGGCGGACCCACCGACUAACCAUUUAGGCUAAGUCGAGCGCCGAAUUGAAGAGUUUUUUGAUUUUCAAAGGCUUAGAAACGCUAUGUCCUCCAUCUGAGAGAAAUUUUAACAACAUCUCGUAAACACAAUGACGUCACAGUUACUUCACAAUCCGAAGAAUGACAAAUAGUCUUGCCCCUCCCCCUCCCCCACGCUUGUUAUUGGAGUAUACAGUAUAAUAUAUAUUUGCAUGUACACCCUCAUCAGCCUCUCAGUAGGCCAAUGUAGGUCAAGAAGGAAUGCUCUGUUCUCGCUUGGAGAAAACUACAGUCUUUCAUUGAACAUGUCUUUCUGUUGUAAUUCUUUCAAAAAACAUAUCUUAUCUAAUGUUUUAAUAAUAUAAUUCAUUAGCCACUUAGUUGCACUGAAAGGGCCUUUGUCUGGAAGAGUGUUGUACAGUAUAUGCUAGUGAAUACAAAGCACCUUUAUAUACUAGCGAACCCAAAAGCGAUGCAUGUUUUAUUAACACGAUGCUAACUUCCAGACGAGGAGCCUCGUUUCGCCAAAGUUCGCAAUGUUAUAUUACGCCGGUCGCCGAUAACUACCCAAUUAUACAUCCAGUUCAAUAUUAUGCAAUGAAUUUCAACUUAUGUUCUACUCUAUGAAUUUUGUAAAGAGAUCCUUACAUAUGGAUGACUUUCGUGAUUGGUAUGUUCAGAAAACUACGUAAUAUCUUUCUCCCGGCCUCAACUAUGCAAGUAGCAAAAGUGUAAUAACCGAUGCUAGAGCAAUUAAAUGUAUACUUUCUUUUAGAACAAGUUUCCGCAGAAUGUCGACUACUUGGGCCCACGCAUUAUACAAACAAAGCGGUGGUAUGGAAAGCCAUAGGUGUCUUAAGUGGUUAAAUUUUAUUUCAUCCGGUGCUUUUAGCAUUAUACGUGGUGCUUUUAUCGUUAUACGAGGUGCUCUCGACAUUAUACGCGGUACUCGCAACAUUAUGCGAGGUGUUUUUAACAUUAUACGCGGUGGUUUUAUCAUUAUACGCGGUGCUUCGGACAUUAUACGCGGUGGUUGAGACAUUAUACGCGGUGCUUGAGACAUUAUACGCGGUAUAAUAUAUAACGAUAAAAGCACGAUGUAUAAUGCUAAAAGCACCGGAUGAAAUGAAAUUUAAUCACUUAAGACACCUAUGGCUUUCCAUACCGGUGGCAACAUAUUAAAGAUCCGUCAGAAGGUUGAGAAUGUUUUCGAAGGUGCUGGCGACUCUGAGUCUGAGAAUGUUUCGUGAUCGGUUAAUUAAACUCUGUAACUCUGUGUGGUUGACCACAGUCACUACGGACACUUCCCUGAUGCAAGAUUAAUUUAAAUUGCCUAUGAGUGGCCUUAUAAAAGCAGGCGGCAAUAGAUAGCAAGCAUGCACAACUGAACAAGCUAGCUUACAAUAAAGUGACAUAAAGAUAACAGAAACGUGAAGUCAAGUAACAAUUUACGUUCGACUGCGUCUCGAUCUUGAGAAUCUAUGAAACAUGCUGUUUACCUGAAUCCGCGUCUCGUUAGUCUUUAAAGAUGAUGGAUACGUUGCGUUUAGGUUGUUAACACUCGUCAGGCUUGGCCUCACCUCUCUUGAUUGUUUUCGAGAUUGUCGUCGACUUGGCUUUGUAUACGGCCAAUAUACAACCCAUGUCAGUUUUGAUCGAUAUAUUUUCCCCAGCCCCAGGAACGCUGGCGUCGCAGUUCCUCACCGUUUUCAUGUUCUCAUACAUUGUGGUAGCAAUACAGCCAGGCAAGCAUUGAUAAAAGAGGACAAACCUCUGUCCUUGGACAAUCGCCAGUCCGUUAGGGUUAGGAUUAAGCACAUGACGCGGUUGAGGCUUGCUACACAAUGAUGAUGGGCUGCAAUUUCUCAGAUUCUCAAGACUGUUAGGUAGUUUUGCCUUGAAUUCAGUUUCGUGCACUAAAAAGAACAAGGUUUAUAGUCAACUUCUCUGCCAGGUUAAUAUAUAUUAUACUUAUUUCUUACCGUUGUAACCAGGUUGUUGUUAAGCCGAUAACAGGAGGACGACUGGUGUUCGCACUGCUUGUUUUCAGUUGUUGUUAUAAGUCUAGAACAAGUCGUUAUCAUCUUGUAAUAGUUAACCAGUGUAUAAAAUACCUCACAAAGUAUGUGAACAAAACUCGGUUAGCAAGGUCCUCGUUUUUAACACACUUUGGUAAUUUAUACGCAGGUAAUAAAAGCUUUCACGUCCUUCAAAUCUACAUGAUUAUAUUUAUUUAAAAAUUAGGUACUGACAAAAUGUUGAGAGGGUACAAAUACAUAUUCAUCGAUGCUAAUAGCUUUAUUAUCCGUUUUAGCUUUUGGUAGCAUUGUGAACUCAGUGAAAUAUUCGUGGUGGCUUUUGUUUUACAAGGUUUUGUAAACGGCGGCCAGUAUUUCAGGCCAGGUGAGGUAAGUAUAGAGUUAACAAUAAUUAUGAAACUUAUUAAUAAUUCAUGAAGAAAAUUCAAAAGAAAUGAAUGUUUAAUCAAUGUUUGUAAAUCGGAUAAAGAUUUGUCCUUAUUUAGAUAAACUUCAGUUUUGAUUUUCGCGGCUUAGACCAGACUUUAGAAAUUAACUUUAUAAUUUACUGGAUAACUCUAUACCAAUUUUAAACUGCUGUUCCGCCUGGAGACAACCCACAAUGGUCCAGACAUCAGUGUUACUACAAGGAGAAACCUGAAACCAAACUAACUUUAUCGGGGCACACUCGAUAGUUUUAUCAUUUCUUAACGGUAUGUUCUCGCUAGAGGUCCAGUAAGGAUAACAAUUAAUACAUGAAGUUGAUUUUAAUUCUCGUCAACUGGACUCUGUAGCUCAGUUGGUUAGAGCGCUGCACCAGAAUCGCAGAGCCACAGGUUCGAUUCCUACCAGAUUAUACAGCAGUUGCAUUUUUCGCAACUGAUUCUGGUUAGGUUUGAAAAUUCUAUAUAUAUAAUCUACCGCUUGAAAUUUCCAUCUAUACCAUCAAUAAAAACCCUCAAACUGGAAGUAUUCUUCUCACAUGCGACUGAGGUAAAAUUAGACAAACGGCUGUAUGUUGUAGGAAUCAAACUUUGGUAGACACUUGUGCUGCAUGAUCACAGUCAUCUGUAUUCCAAUAUUGUGGAAUGCUAUAAAAUCAUAAGUAAUGAAAAAUGCUUCGGUAACCAAUUUCUAAAUUUUAAUUUUUAGACCCAGUUGCAGGUGAUUUGUUUGAGGAAGUCGGGACAAUUUACAACGAAAAUUUUUAACGACUGAUCAAAAGAACCGCACUUUAUGAAAGUACAUCGCUGCAUCAUCGUUUGUCGGAAAAGGCUUCUUGAAUUGCCAAUUGCUAUAACACAGAACGAAAUAGAAUUGUAGCAGCAGAUAUCAACAAUCAAGCAAAGUUUUAUGAAUAUGUCGUGUACAACCACACUUCCGGUGUGGAUGUCACAGAGUCUCAAAGAACAAGUUGCACAAGAAUCUUGCUUCUAACGAAAGUAAGCGUUAAAACGGCUAUAUAUAGGUGCUGCCAUUGCACAUAUGAAGAUCUCACAACUUGUCAACAAGAUGUGUUCGCAGUGCUUGUUCCCAAUUGUUGACAAGUCUGGGACAAGUUGUUAUCAUGUGUUAGCAAGGUUGAUGAGGUCAACAGACUCACAACAAGUUGUCCAACAAGUCUGAUAUAGUCUGCACGGAACAAGUUGUUAAAGUGCUUAUAUCACAAAAUUUUUUUUGACUUUUGAGUAGAGGACAGAAAGUUAGUUUGUAGGGUUCCCGUUCUUUAACAUUUUUUGGUUUUCUCUUUCUAUUCGCGAGUAGUUCCAACAAGUCUGAUAUCGUCUGCAUGCACGUAGCAAGUUGUUAACACAUUGAUGACAACAUGCUCAUAGCAACUUGUUACAGACAGCCUGUAUUAGUUUUGUUGGAACAAAUUGUAGCAAGUUUGUUACAGUCAUCAACCUUGUAACAAGGCGAAAACAACCUGUUCCAGACUUAUUACAACAGCUGGGAACAAGCAGUAUGUGUAAUAAAUAGUGCAUUAUAUUAAUAUAUAUUAACCUGGCAGAGAAGUUAACUAUAAACCUUGUUCUAUUUAGUGAACGAAACUGAAUUCAAGGCAAAACUACCUAACAAUCCUGAGAAUCUGAGGAACUGCAGCCCAUCAUCAUUCUGUAGCAAGCCUCAACUGCGCCUUGUGCUUAAUCCCAACCCCAACGGACUGGCGAUUGUCCAAGGACAGAGGUUUGUCCUCUUUUGUCAAUGCUUGCCUGGCUUUAUUGCUACCACAAAGUAUGAGAACAUGAAAACGGUGAGGGACUGCGACGCCAGCGUUCCUGGUGCUGGGGAAAAUAUAUCGAUCAAAACUGACACGGGUUGUUGGCCGUAUACAACGCCAAGCCGACGACAAUCUCGAAAAUAA